CGGUAUUUGCCGGACUGUACAGUUUUACCUUAUGGUGGCUUGCUCCCAGUCCCCACGUGGCAACUAGACCACUCAGGCGCACCCGGCACGGCCGUCCAUUCCACCCAAAACCUACCGCCCCGCCGUCAAGAACAACGAGCCAUGGCCGACCACCAAAUCGAGAAGGCGUAUCAAAAGCAGUACCUCUUCCAGAACGCGAAGGCCCGGGGCACCAAGAAGGUCUCGACGAAGGAGAAGCGGUGGUACAAGGACGUUGGCUUGGGCUUCAAGACGCCUGCUGAGGCGAUCAACGGCACCUACAUCGACAAGAAGUGCCCCUUCACUGGUGAUGUCUCCAUCCGUGGCCGUAUCUUGACUGGCCGUGUUAUCUCGACGAAGAUGACCCGCACGCUUAUUAUCCGACGGGAUUAUCUCCACUACAUCCCCAAAUACAACCGUUACGAGAAGCGGCACAAGAACCUGGCUGCACACGUCUCGCCCGCUUUCCGUGUCGAGCCCGGCGACAUUGUCACUGUCGGCCAGUGCCGACCGCUCUCAAAAACCGUCCGGUUCAACGUGGUCCGGGUAGCCAAGAACAAGGCGGCUGCGAAGUCUUUCGGCAAGUUCUAGGCCUUGGGCACGGUGCUUGUCGGUAUUAGGGGCAUACGAUAUGAUACUACUGCUUUCUCGUGUAUGGACGCAUUGCAAUGACCAUAGGCCCAUGCAAAUCACUCAGCUAUUUCUCGCUUGUGA